GAGAUCGAUUCACCUGGAAGAAGAUGAUUUUGGUAACAUUGGCCUUGGGCCUCAUUGUGGCCGGUCUUUUAUAUCUCUCCAUGAUAUGGAACUUCAACUACUGGCGUAAGAGAAGAGUGCCGGGUCCCAAGCCCAAGACCUUUACCGGCAACUAUCCCAAUCUGUACACGAUGAAGCGAAAUAUGAUCUACGAUCUGAACGAUAUAUAUGUGGAAUACAAAAACAAGUACGAUGCAGUGGGCAUAUUCAGUGGACGUGUGCCUCAACUCUUGGUUAUUAGUCCAGAGCUGGCUCAUCGUGUUUUUGUAACAAAUUUUAAGAAUUUCCACGACAAUGAAAUGUCCAAGUUAACCGACGAAAAGAGUGACUUCAUUCUGUCGAAUAAUCCCUUCUCCCUCACUGGUGAAAAGUGGAAACAACGCAGGGCUGAUAUAACUCCUGGUCUGACCAACAGUAGGAUAAAAUCGGUCUAUCCAGUGACAAACAAGGUGUGCCAACAAAUGACCGAGUGGGUGAAAAAGCAAAUACGAUUGGGCUCCCCCGAGGGAAUUCAUGCAAAGGAUUUGAGCCUCUGCUUCACCUCCGAAAUGGUCACUGACUGCGUUCUGGGUCUAAGUGCCGAAAGUUUCUCGGACAAGCCUACACCUAUAAAGGCCCACAUCAAGGACCUCUUCAACCCGCACUGGACCUUUUUAAUGCUCUUCGCUCUGGUCAACACCUUUCCCUCUUUGGGACAUUUGAUCAAGCUGCGUAUGGUUCCCCAUCAUGUAGAGCGUUUCUUCCUCGGACUGAUGGCUACAGCGGUGAAAUCACGAAAGUCCCAACAGGCAACAGGUCGUUUCCAACGAACGGACUUCCUGGAUUAUCUUUUGCAGUUGGGUGAAAAGAGAAACCUGGACACACGUCACCUGCUGGCCCACACCAUGACCUUCCUGUUGGAUGGCUUUGAAACGGUGGCCGCGGUUCUCUCUCACAUGCUUCUAUUGCUGGGUCGCGAUGAGGUGGUGCAGCAGCGCCUCAGGGAGGAGAUUCUGCCACAUAUUCAAGAUGAAAGUAUUCCCUAUGAUAAGCUCAACGAUCUGCCAUACUUGGAUGCCUGCUUAAAUGAAUCUAUACGCUUAUUCCCUCCCGGCUUUAUGACCUCCAAACUCUGCACCGAGUCCAUAGAGCUACCCAACAAGGAUGGUCCCCAUUUCACUGUGGAUAAGGGAACUGUUAUUGUGAUUCCCCAUUCCUGUCAUAUGAUGGACGAGGAGUACUUCCCCGAUCCGAAGGCCUUCAAUCCUAAACGCUUUAUGGAGCCCGAUGCAGCCAAAACAUUCCGGGAACGUGGUAUCUUUAUGGGAUUUGGAGAUGGGCCUCGUAUUUGCUUAGGUAUGCGCUUUGCCCAAUCUCAAAUUAAGGCUGCAAUCGUGGAGCUUGUCAGCCAGUUCAAUAUCAAGGUCAAUCCCAAAACCCGCAAGGACAACUUGUACGAUCCUUCCCUGUUCCUUGCCAGUCUAAACGGAGGCAUUUGGUUGGAUAUGGAUGCCCGCCAAUGA